AGACUGCUUCGAAACAACACGCGCGGCGACUGACUCUCCCCAUACUCUUGAAACUGCAAUCAUUCUCAUCAUCACUCACUCAACACAAUGCCCGGCGACAAGCUUAACUUCAAGUGUGCCGUCAUCACAGGCGGCGCUGGGGGUAUCGGCCGCGCCAUGGCCGAGUACUUCAUCGCCAACGGCAAAAAGGUCCUCCUUGCAGGCCGCACGGAAUCCAAUCUGCAGGAAACGAGCAAGGCCAUUGGCGCGGCCGGCUACUAUGUCCUCGACACGGGCAAGACAGCUGACAUUCCGUCCUUUGUCGAGAAGAUCACAAAGGAGCACCCCGAGCUAGACUGCCUCGUCAACAACGCCGGUGUGCAGCGGCCGAUCGACGUUACCAAGAUGGAUGCCGUCGAUUUCCUGUCCAAGGCAGACCAGGAGAUUGAUAUCAACAUCCGCGGACCCAUGCAUCUGGCACUGACAUUGUUGCCGCACCUCCAGUCCAAGCCAUCGGCGACCAUCAUCAAUGUCUCGUCCGUCUUGGGCUUUGUGCCCUUCUCCAUCAUAAACCCGGUCUACAACGGCACCAAGGCCUGGCUGCACUCGUGGAGCAUGACCCUGCGCACGCAGCUGGCGCAGGCGGGCACCAACGUGCGCGUGGUGGAGAUUGCGCCCCCCAUGGUUGAGACGGACCUGCAUCGCGAGAGGGUCGAUCCGGACGACAACAAGAAGGAGAAGAACGCAAUGGCUUUGAGCUUGAAAGAGUUUAUGGAUGAGAUUUCGGUGAAGCUGGAGAACGGUGAUGAUAUGAUCACGGCUGGGCCUGGCAAUGACAUGGUGCGGAAAUGGUAUGACGCGUAUGGGGCAGUUUACUCCAAAGCUUCUGGUGGGAAGUAGCAGAGUUUGAAGAAAUGAACAGAGUAAUAAAUGCGGACACUUUUCAGCCUGCAAUGCUGUGCUACCGCCAGCUAUCAAAA